UGAAUAAAUAAAAGUAGUAUUUAAAUAAAUAAAAUCAAUUUGCACUGCCGCCGCCAUCUUCAAGCCCUGAUUCCUGCGCAGAAAUAAAGCAGAUUUCGAGUUGCCAUCUACAGCUUGUUUCAACCAUUUGUUAGGAAAAAGGUAUGACUAUGAAGGGGAAAGGAACGAAAAGGGAAUCUUCAUCCUCCAAUUUGGAUUCCCAGGAACCCAGAAUGGACAUCAAGUCCAUCCUGAAAGAUAUUGAAUUUUUGGGUUCCUCACACAUGACAUGGAAACAGAAAAAGGACUUGGAGAAUAAGAAGGUAGUGUCACUCGGUGGAAAGCCUCCAAAGAAACAGAGGUUACCUCUUAGUGUUGCUAGAGUUUCAAUGAAGAAUCAAAAGGAUAGAGAAGAGAAACUGCUUCAAGAGAGAGCUAUACUUGGAAGGUUUGGAGCCUACAGUAGCAGUAGUUCCAAGAAGGUGCCAGAGAGGAAACCAGCAGAGGACAGAAUUCUGAAGUCGAUGCAAGGCGAUUUCAGAAAGGGGGUUCUCAACGUCGGGCAUCUGUUGAAGCCCUCGGCCCCUGAAGCCUCUAACGACAAGGGCAGGCACCCUACGGGUAAAGGGAAGAAGAAGAAAGAUGGCAAGAAAAGUCAUGGCAAGAGAAAGGGUGGUGGCGGUGGUGGCAAGAGGCGUCACUAGGAAUAUAUCUCAAAGUGACUACACUUUCUUUUGAAUUUCUUCGCCUUUCUGAACCUGGCUAUGACUGUAACUGCGGAAGCAAGCUUGUAGAACAUAUAUACAUUCAUGCCUUGUAUCUGUUGGCAUGCUCAGAUUUGUUUUGUUGCUCAAUGCAGAAUGAAAUUUUGUGUUGCUAA